AUGUCAUACACCGACGAGGCCGUCAAGGCGAAGCUGGCCUCGCUGACCGAAACCCAGGACAGCAUCGUCUCGGUCGCGCAAUGGAUCAUGUUCCACCGUCGCCAAGCCAACCGCACCGCUGCCCUCUGGCUCUCACGCCUCCAAGACUCCACCAUCCCCAAGCGCCUCAACCUCAUCUACCUUGCCAACGAAGUCGUCCAGCAGUCCCGAGCACGCGGCAAGCAGGACUUCAUGCUCGCGUUUGAGCCCAUGGUCGCUGAUGGCACUGCUGCUGCGUAUAAGAACGCGAGUCAGGAUAUUCAGGGAAAGAUAAGGAGGGUGGUGGAAGUGUGGAGGCAGCGCGACAUCUUUAACAAGGCGAUUCUAGACGCCGUGGAGGGGAGGCUGGCGGAGAUCGAUAGGGCGAGGAGUGGUGCAAGCACGAACGGGAGUAGCUCAAAGGGCAGGCUGGGCGGGAACCUGUUUGGCGGUGGUGGCAGUGUGCCGCCUGAGCUCGAGGGCGUGGCCAAGUCAUUCGGCGACCUGGGAAAGGCGGACGCGAGUCUGAGGCCUGCGGUCAACACUGCAAACACCGAGUUCGCGAAGAUGACGGACCCAAAUACUCCUGUUCCGACCCCACCGGUCCACGCCGCACGGCUGAGUGCGCUGAUGAGAAGUCUGGCAACGGCACACGGCGCGGUAGACGCAAGCAUCAAAGCGCGAAGCGAAGUGCUCAAAGGCCUCGAAAAGCUUCUGGAAACUCACCGUGGCAAACUCGCAGAAGACGAAGCCACAGCCACCGACCUCGCCACCCGCAGAGAAGGUGUCGAGGCGAAGAAGAAAGAAGUCGAAGACGGCAUCAUGCGCGGCCUCUCCACGCCCUCCUCGCCGGACAUCCCUACCCCAGUAUCCGCAGGCAACACUUUCGGCGACGAAGGUCCACGCGCCAAUGGCCGGUCCCCCGACAUUGCUACCCCGGAAGCAGAAGACUUCACGCCCCCUCCACCAGACGUCGAGACCUUCACCCCACCACCGCAACACGCGCCCGAAGACGACGUAACCAUGUCCGGCGACCCCGCACCCUUCACCGCCUCCACGGACCCUCGGGAACAAUCAUUCACAACUUCCACCGGCGCCGAAGCCGUCACGGAACAACCACCACAGCUCAACGAGCCCCCUCCAGCCUUCGAACCACCGUCCGCCAUCUCGCCCACUUCACCGCCUAAAGCUUCCAACGCAGCAGCAGCGCAAGCGAACGAAUUCCUCAACUCCCUCGCCCUAGGCGCCGGAGGCGGGACGGUGAGGCAGGCGUCUACGGAGGCACCAGAUAGUGGUGAUGCCGGGGAGGCGAGGGAUCCGCGGUUGAAGAGGCGGAGGAUGAAUCCGCCGAAGAAGGAAGGGGAGGGGGAUAUGUUUGGGGGUAUGGGCGCGAUGGGUGGGGUGGAUGAGGAAGGGAUUGGUGCGUUGCUGUGA